UCCUAUGAGGCGAUUGCUUUGAUCAUUGUCUCUCUCGUGCUAAUCGCCAUUUUUACCAGUUUAACAGUCAUGACAGUCUCGAAGUGGCCGCCGUUUUGCAAGCAACGAAUUGGGAUUGGUGCAAAACGGGGGGUCAGAAAGCUGCGAACAAACACAUGCACAACAUGCCAUACAGAAAGCAAGAGAGAAAGUGUAAUAGAGACUGACAGACUCGUAGACGGCGAUGUGGACGACGAUUUUUGCACACCGAAAGUGGCUCAUGUGGACCACCUGGUCCUGAGUGAAUGUACAAGCAGCCGUGAAUUCGGGGAUGAGGAAAUUUCCCACUUCCUCGUGACCCAGUCUUACCUUUUCCGUGUUGACUGGAAGCCCUUCAAGAAGCUACCUCAUUCGUGGUCCGCCAGCAGGGCUCUUCUCGUCUGCUGCUCCAACAGCCGAUCACUGAUCCCCCCAGCAUCGUUUGAGGAUCGUCGUUGA